AAUUGAUGAUUAUAGUGGUUUGAGAAGAAAGACAACUCCUUUAUCAGUAAUUUAAACAAUUAAGAUCACAUGACCCUCAGGUAACUAAGCAGGUAAACACGGAAGUUAUAGGUUAACCUACAACAAAAACAACUGUGGAUCCAACAUGUCUAAUGGAAAUUACCUCACAUAGACACCAGAUUCAUUGCGGCAAUGGAGCCCAGAACCAAAACCAAGGACGCGACGCGAUGUGCCCUGUGCAAGACCGCUGUGGUACAGAUGCACUGUGGUACAUGUCUCAUCAACUUGUGUAAGGCCUGUGUGGGAGAACACUCAAUGUCUGAUGAAGCCAGUAAAAAACAUGAAAUUGUUCAAUUCAAACAUCGAAAAUCAACUCUUCCUUACCCUAGAUGUACUUCUCAUGACAAAGAACGAUGUGAAAUGUUCUGUAAUCACUGUAAUGUUCCAAUAUGUAGUGUUUGCAUUUCCUCUGAAAGUCAUUCAAGCCAUAAAAUUUGUGAAAUAAUGACGCUGUAUAGUUCUAUGAAAAAGGAAAUCGCAAGAGAAAAUGAAGAAAUGCAGAUGAGUAUUUACCCAGUCUACGAGAAUACUGCCUAUGAUGUACAGAACAGAAUGAAUCAACUCGAAAAGGAAUAUGGAGAUUUAUCAGCAGCCAUAACAAAACAUGGAGAAGAGUGGCAUGGGAUAAUUAACAAAAUUGUUCAAAAUCUUAAAGCUGAAGUCGACACCAUGAAAUCUAGACACUAUGACAUUCUGAAGAAAAACUUGGCUGAAAUAAAUCAGAGAGUAUCAGAAUUAGAAGAGGCAAUCCAAACCUCCAAAAUGACAAUGGAAUCCAAUGACAUCGCUCCACUUCUCCAGUUCAACAGAAAAAUAUUAGAAUUCAGAAAACUUCCUACCAAACUGGAGGUAUCAAGUCCAAAAUUUACUCCAAUACGAUGUCAACAAGAAGAAUUCGUGAAGCAGUUCGGGAAACUAUCAACUCUAUCUCUUUUUUCUGAUGAUGAUUGCUGCAGCGGGAAGAAGGUGCAGGAAUCAGAAGAAGUGGGUCCACCAGUAAAACAGCUACUUAAAAAGCCAAAGGUCGUUUCCACCAUAAGAACUGGAAACAGCGGUUCAGUGUACGACAAUCUCUUUGACGUGGCCUGUCUGUCUGAUGAAGAAAUCUGGACCUGUGGACUUGUAAACAACAUUGAACUAUUCAGCAUCAGUCAAGGCACACUUCUCAAGACGAUAAAAACGAAGACGGGAAACAUACCCGGCAAUAUAGCAGUGACAAACCGUGGCCAUCUUGUUUAUAUUGAUCCCACAGACAGAUCUGUUAACAUUGUGAAGGAUGGAGAGAUUGAGACUGUGAUCAAACUACAGAACUGGAAGCCUUCCAAUGUCUGCAGCACUUCCUCUGGUGACCUCCUGGUUACCAUGGAUAGUGAUGACAACAAACAAGCAAAAGUUGUCCGAUACUCUGGCUCCAAUGAGAAACAAACCAUUCAGUUUGAUGAUAAAGGUCAACCUCUCUAUUCCUCUGGUAAAUCUAAAUGCAUCAGUGAGAACAGGAACCUGAAUAUCUGUGUGGCAGACGUAAGAGCUAAUGCAGUGGUGGUGGUCAAUCAAGCCGGGAAACUGAGAUUUAGGUACACUGGACACACCCCUGCUCCGAAGAACGAACCAUUCGGUCCUCACGGAAUCUCCACAGACAGCCAGAGUCACAUCCUUACAGCUGAUAUGAAUAAUAACUGUGUCCACAUCAUAGAUCAUAAUGGACAGUUCCUGGCUUUCAUAGACUGUGAACUGAGUGGUCCGUGGGGAUUAUGUACAGAUACAAAUGACAAUCUGUUUGUCGGACAACUGUUAAAAAAUCAUGUAAAGAAAAUACACUAUCAAGUAUGAAAACAUUCGAGUACAUGCUAGUUUUAAUAAAGAACUACAGUCAAA